CUCCAGUGAGAGGUGAAACCAAGAUGGCGGUCGCACAGUGACUGAGGCGGAGACAGAGGCAGUGGGAGACGGACGGGCCUCGUCGCGCCUUAGCCAGCCAGCCAGCCAGUCCGGCCGGGGAGGGGCUUUGCCUGCCGGGCGCCCGGAGCGGAGCCGGCCGGACUAGCGGAGCGGGCCGAGGAGCUGGGACUGAGCCGCAGCGGUAGCGGGAGGAGGAGGAAGAAGAAUAUGGCGGCGGAGCCGGGCUGGGAGUGAAUCUGUCGCGAGCCCAUGGGGAAGACGGGGCGCUGAGCCCGGCCGCCUUCGCACCCCGCCCGGGACAGGCAGCGCCCGCUGGCCGCCUGCGAGCCGCGCCUCCUCUAUCCCCUGCACUGACGAACUGCGAGCGAGGGGGCGUCGGGCCUGGGCAGCGCCCGCACAAUAGAGCCGAGCGCUGGACAGAGGGUGAACUGACCCCGCUCCCUCCCCCUUGCCGCCGAUCUGCCACCACCCCUUGUCCCCUCUGCUAAUCUAGCUGCUCCCUGUCCCCUUCCCCGGCCAGCACGCUGUCCUCCCGGCUCACCCCUGCUCUGCAAGCCCUUUCCCCCCACCCACUUCUAGCCUCCAUAGCCAUCUUUCCUCUCCUUCACCAUCCCUCCUCUAAUACCUCUGCUCCGUCCCCACGCUGCCCUUUCGGCCUGUCCCUUUACCCCUGGCAGCCCAACUGCUCCCUAGGCUUUCCCUCCCGACUAACACUUCUCUGGUCCUCUAGCACGCCUCGUAAAUAGCUUUCCACCAACCACCCCCUUCCCCAGCACUCUUCUGUGUCUCCAAAUAUUGGGGAUGAGGAGGAGACUGCCCCAGCAGUGAAGAAUAAGGAGAGAUCCGGGGGUGUCUGUGUGGGACUGCUACCCUCUUUCCUGCUUCCCUCCUUUUGAGGGGGGCCUAGCCCCCCACCAACCUCCUGUUCCUUCAGGUGUCAUAGGCCAGGGUGGUGGCUGUGGUCUGGCAGGCGGCAGGAUGACAGACACCCGGCGGAGGGUGAAAGUUUACACGCUGAAUGAAGACCGCCAGUGGGAUGAUCGGGGCACCGGACAUGUGUCCUCUGGCUACGUGGAGAGGCUGAAGGGCAUGUCCCUGCUUGUCAGGGCAGAGAGCGAUGGUUCUCUUCUUUUGGAGUCCAAAAUUAAUCCAAACACUGCAUACCAGAAGCAACAGGACACUUUGAUUGUGUGGUCUGAAGCUGAAAAUUAUGACUUGGCACUUAGCUUUCAAGAAAAAGCUGGAUGUGAUGAAAUAUGGGAAAAAAUAUGUCAGGUUCAAGGAAAAGAUCCUUCAGUGGAUAUUACUCAGGACCUUGUAGAUGAAUCUGAGGAGGAACGUUUUGAUGAUAUGUCAUCACCAGGUCUAGAAUUGCCAUCUUGUGAAUUAAAUCGGCUAGAGGAAAUUGCGGAACUUGUGGCAUCUUCACUGCCUUCCCCAUUGCGUCGUGAAAAACUCGCACUAGCACUGGAAAAUGAGGGCUAUAUUAAAAAGCUCUUAGAAAUUUUUCAUGUGUGUGAGGACUUGGAGAACCUUGAAGGACUACACCACUUGUAUGAAAUUAUCAAGGGAAUCUUCCUUCUGAACAGAACUGCACUUUUUGAAGUAAUGUUUUCUGAGGAAUGUAUAAUGGACAUAAUUGGAUGCCUAGAAUAUGAUCCUUCUUUAUCGCCAUCACGGAAACACAGGGAAUUUCUGACAAAAACAGCAAAAUUUAAAGAGGUGAUUCCUAUAUCUGAUCCAGAGCUGAAGCAAAAAAUUCAUCAAACAUACAGAGUACAGUAUAUCCAAGAUAUGGUUCUACCCACUCCCUCAGUGUUUGAAGAAAAUAUGCUGUCAACACUUCACUCCUUCAUCUUUUUUAAUAAAGUGGAAAUAGUUGGUAUGUUACAGCAUGCCCUAUUCUAGUGAUACCACAACUACCAAAAAAAACCCUGACUGGAACCUGGACCUGACUAAUUUUGAGA